AUGCAUCUGCUCUUGGUUCACGUCCUGCUGUUUGCUACAACUCCAUUGCAGACGGCGCUGACUUUUGAAGCCGUGGCGCUACGCAGUAAGUUCACAAACGUCAGCUACGAGCACAAUACCAACUACUUUACAAGAAUGAAGAGUUGGCUGACGACUGAGGGCUACCUGAAUGCGGAUGUCUAUAUAGAUCGAUCUCUCCCACCGACCAUGCGCACGUCCAUGACUGUGCAAUUCCAGAUCGAGAACUCUACGAACUACCACACUCUGUUCAACUACGAUGUAGACACYUGUCAGUCAGUCAAAAGUCAUACGGCGGGCAGCCUGCCCAGCCUCUGGUUUCGCAAUGUGCGCAAGUACGGAAAUCUAUCAGCCAUCUGUCCCAUGAAAGCUGGCUACUACGAUCUGCGCAACUUUCAUGUGGAGGACAAGAGCAUUCCUGUCUAUCUGCGCCCGGGCAACUAUCGCAUAAAAGACACGAACUACUAUGGGAAAAGCAAUGCCAAGGCCAGGCAGCGUCGCCUCGUCUCCACUAUUAUCUUGCAAAUGCAGUUAUAUUAAAGUUGUUUUCAAAGCAAAUCCC